AUGGCCAACGAUAUGGACUACACCUUAGCUUGGCCGGCGGGGAAAAACCUGGGCCUUGUGCUGGGCUUCUCCACCACAACCAACUUUGGAGCCACGGCCAUUAACUACAUCGUGUCCAGUUUCAUCAACCCCGACAACCUCAGCCCUGACCUGGAGACUGACCACACCUCUUUCUUCUCUCAGGAAAAUAUACUAGACAGGACUCCAUACGUCUUUGUUGUUCUGUCAGUAGCAUUCGUCACGAUUCACCUGUUGGGACUUUCAAUGAUUCGCUUGCCAAGCCCAACAGCCUUUGACCAGGCUGCAAAAGAUGCUGAGUCAGCCGUAGCAGAAGCGGAAAAAGAUGAGGAAAGUAACUUUGGCUGCUACAGUACAGUGUCAGUUGCGGCGUACAAAGUUUUCGGCUAUGAGCACCUCACAACCAUAUUUGGCCUGAUUUCUGUUGGGGGAGUUAUCGCUACUUUGUGCUUGCCGUUCACCACAGAGGUUCUCUUGUCGUGCUUUGGCUGGUUCGGGGCGUUCACUGCUGCCUCAGCGCUUAUAGUUGUGGCUGACUGCAGAGGACCCCAGACGGACAUCAUCAUGAGCUGUAAUACCUCGUGUGGACUCAGCGAGAGGACUCGGAGACUGAUGACGUAUUUCGGCAUGUUCGUCAACAACUUUGUCUGCGGGGUGCCACUGUACUACGGGAAUCUACUGACAUACACAGACUCGUACUUCCUGGUGAGGCAAGAAGCGGACAUCUCCAACCUGUCGGCCUACACACUAGCUACCUGGAACAUUGUUUGGGUGGCCUCCAUAGCAGCCUCGGACAAAGGUGUGGGGUACGCCCUCAUGGCCCGCUACCUCCUGGCUUGGACCAAAGGGAGAUCACUUGGAGCUUGGGGAUCGUUCACAACAACCACAAGUUUAGGCUCGGUGGCCGUCAAUCAGCUAAUCACCUCCUACAUAAAUCCCAGUAAUUUACCACCGGACUUGCCCUCCGCACACACCAACUAUUUCAGUCGGAAGGAGAUAUUAGACAGAGUCCCUUCGACAUUUUUGGUUCUUUCUGCAACUAUGUUGGCUUUCCAAAUGACGGCAUUUUGUUUGAUGAGCGAACCAAGAGAAGAAGAUGAGGAAACUGUCACGAAUGCUAAGAAUGUGGCGCAGCAAAAAAAUUCUGAACCUGCCAGAGAAGAUGAGAAGGAACGCAUGAGUCAUACCCCACGUGGAUUUAUUAAAGGUUGUGAAAAUUACAAGGAUAUCGAAGUUGGCAAUGGUAAAAAGGAUGUAAAUCAUUUUCCUCCGUUAUUGAAGGCGGAUGGGUCUCAUGACCUGUCAAGUAAAGGAAACGGUGUACCUUAUAGCGAGGAAACCGUCCAAGAUGACAAACACAAUGGCAAAGGUUCUUUUGGGCAGAACAGUUACUCUCAAAGUUCUGACAAAACUGUUGUUAAAAAAGAAGAUCAAAUCAAUAUGAGAAUGUCUGAGGGGAGUAACCCCAGCUUAUCACGGAAAGAUGAAGAUGAUAGCAGAACGGUUACUUCCCCUGAAGAACAUGGUAGCGUAACGGUGUCGGAGGCGCUGCGAAUGAAGGAGUUUUACAUCCUGUGGCUCGGUGUAGGAUCCAUUGAAUGUCUGUACGUCACCCAAGACGCCUUCUACAAAAUCUUUGGGCAGAGCGUCAUCAAGGACGACCAUUUCCUCACGGCAGUUGGGAUAACUUUGUGUAUCUUCGUAUUUCUAAUGCGCCUGGUCUGGGGUGCAACGGUCGACAAACUGGGUGCUAAGAUCUCCAUGCUUCUAGUGUGCGGCGCAUGCUCUAUCACUUCGACACUGUGGUAUUUCACGCCGUACGCAAGUCGCUGGCUUUACCUUAUUUGGACAUGCCUUGUGGGCGGAGCUACAUGUGGUAUGUAUGGCGUUAUGUUCGUCUCAGCCUAUCAGUGCUUCGGAAGUAAACACUUCACAACCAUAUAUGGACUGAUCUUGACGUCUGGAAUUUGUGCAAGUCUGUUUGUCGCUUGGACCUCUGGCUACCUCCUAGACGCCUUCGGCUGGUUUGGAUUGUUUAACGCUAUGGCGUUGGUAAACCUCAUCACCGUCAUUGUAACUCUUAUACUGUUUCCCUACAAAAUUCAAUAAAAUGUACUCUGAAACAGCUUA